ACCACACAGUUGAAAGAAAAUUUUUUUCUUGAAAAGGGAAACAAAGCAAAGCAAAAGGCAAAAGGGGAGACAAAGCAGCGAAACGGAGAAAAUCAGAGGAGCAGCAAGCAAAGCAGGAAGGGAUUGGAUUGGAUAGCAACUCACCAGAGAUCGGCAAGGAUCGGGAACAGGAUGAACAACGGAUUCAGCACCGGCGAGGAGGACAGUCGCGGGCACACGGACCAAACCUGCUGCCUAAUCGACGACAUGGAGCGGUGUCGCAACCAGGCCGGCUACGCCAGCUACUCCAAGCGCAUCCAGAAAACGGUGGCCCAGAAGCGGCUGAAGCUCAGCAGCGAUCCCGCCGCGCAGCACAUCUACAUCUGUGACCACCACAAGGAGCGCAUCCAGUCUGUGCGCACCAAGCGACGUCGCAAGGACAGCGAGGACGACAGCAACGAGACGGACACGGACCUGCACGAGUUUCCCGAUCUCUAUCAGCUGGGCGUCAGCACGCUGCGCCGCUACAAACGCCACUACAAGGUUCAAGCGCGGCAGGGAAUGAAACGGGCGCAGCUGGCGGAUACAAUUAUGAAACACUUCAAGACAAUACAAAUCAAGGAGAAGGAGAUCAUCACGGUCUUUGUGUAUAUGGUGAAGAUGGGCGCGAAUAAGCUGGACCAGAAAAACGGCCUUGGCAACGAUACCACCUGAAGGCGCGUCGGCGGGCGGAGGGAGGAGGAGGACGCCGACGACGUUUUCUCCUUUUAACGCUGGCCAACUGCCAAUCAAAAAAACACACUUCUCACAUUGUUGCUGCAUUUGCUGGACGUCAGCAUUGUUGAACCGAACAAGGAUAAACGAAAAUACUGAUAGUGAAAUGCCCUUCUCAUCUGUGUGACCCCCAAGAAACCCACUCCUAUGCGCCCAUAAAGCACCACUGCCCAAACCCUUUCCUCGACUCCCCGGAAUACAAGUAAAAUUCGAAAGGGAAAACUGCAAUGAAAGAAUGUAAGGAAAAUGGCAACUGGUGCUCCCAAAACAAAAAUAGUAUAACGCGAAUGUAAACCUAAUCUUAAACAAGAAAUUUACAAAACUAAUUGUAGCCUUGGUCCGUUGUUAAUAGCUCUUUAUACACGCACUACAUUAAUAAACUAUGUAAAUUAACAAGAGAA